CCUCGAACUGCUUACUCCGCGCUAGUAUAGUAAGCCUUGAGUUACUGCUACGGGCAACUUCUGCCUGAACCACUACCGGAGCCGGUACGUCACUAACACCACGCCACUAGCACCCAUCACUAACACCACGUCAAUAGCACCCGUCACUAGCACCCGUCACUAACACCACGUCACUAACACCACGCUUCCCUGGAGGUUUGGCUCACGGCGACCAAAGGAAAGCAAAACAACUGCAAUUAGGGAAUACCGCAUAAUUAUCAGUAAUCAUAUGUCUACCAGUACCGUAUCUAGGGAAUGAGCUCUUAUUUUCGAUUAGGACAGGACAGCAUAAGUAAUGCAAGUGCCGUCAUGUCGGUGCGCCCAAAAUGGAAUCUCUCGAGAUGGCAGUUGGGGGCGAUAUACCCCGGCCUGAUCCUAACCUUGCCUGCCGCUGGCAGCAACCAGAGGUGCCGCCGGCAUCCCAAACCCCGACGGAGCAGCAUUUCGAACGGACCUCUGGCUGGAUGGUUCAUCCUCCGACUCUUUCGACGCCCCCGUAUAAUGUGCCCUACCAAGCCCGGACUUGUGCUCAUGCACAAGGCGUAUCACGUGAUGAUGGCUCAGAGGAGGACCUCUGGGGCAACGAGCCCAGACAAGAACUGCCGUUCUGAACCAUGUAUCACAAAACAACCAAAAACUCCUCAGCCGUUGAGAAUAUCAGCCGAUGUUUGUUUUGCGGUAGAUCCAAUGCAGACAUCCAAUGCAGACAUCAGAUGCUUUGUGGUAUCAAGCAAAUCUCGGAGGACGACAAGUGGCCGCCGGUCUUGGCCAGCCGACACGGUCGGGAUGGAAAUCAUCAUUUCGCCUCGGGAUUACAGCUUGCGGGUGCGGGCGCGGGCGCGGGCGCGGGCGCACAAAGAUCUUGUGCGGGCGCCCAGAUGCACGUGCCGAUAGCACGCACUAAUGCUAGAGGAUCAGGGCAGAUGGUGCUUUUGUGGGCAUUUAUCCAUGAUCAACGCCGCAACCAGCGGCGCAGCGGGCGG